AUGGAUGCCCAAAUUACUGUCGGCGGGGUCCCAAUCGCUGUCAAGCCAACUCUGCGUUAUCUGGGAGUCGUGCUCGACAGCAAAUGGAACUUCAAGGCUCAUUUCGAGCGUCUGGCCCCAAAAUUAAUAAGCGCUGCGGCGGCCCUCGGGCGUCUACUUAAAAACUUGGGAGGGCCCAAGGCCUCGUGUCGCCGUUUAUACACGGGAGUUGUGCGCUCCAUAGCCCUGUGCGCACCCGUGUGGGCUGAUGCCAUCGGCAGACAGUGUACAGCUCAUCUGCGGAGAUCGCAGAGGGCGAUGACGCUGCGAACGGUGCGUGGAGCGGCCAAUAGCUGGCUUACGAUAGAAGCCAUCCGCCCGGUCCUAAAAGAUUGGGUGGAAAGGCGGCAUGGGGUCCUGACCUUCCGUCUGACCCAGAUCCUGUCGGGGCACGGCUGCUUUGGUCGGUUCCUGUGGAAAAUUGUGGGUCGUGAACCAACCCCUGAAUGCCACGAAUGCGGAGCGGAACAAGAUACGGCCCAGCACACGCUGGAAGUGUGUCCAGCAUGGGGCUCGCAGCGAUCCGUACUCAUUUCUGUAGUAGGGUCGGACUUGUCCUUACCGGCAGUGAUUGCUGCCAUGGUGAGGCAAGACACGGCGUGGCAGGCGAUGCUCUCCUUCUGCGAGGAAGUGGUGGCGCAGAAAGAGAAAAAAGAGCGCGAAAGGGAGAUUGCGGCGGAAGCAGACUCUACUCGCCGUCGAAGAGUAGGGAGGAGGCGCGCUGCGCACGACCGAAAUCUCCCACCCUAA